AUGACAACAUUCGAAGAAAUCAAAAACCAAUUUAAGUAUGCGACGGAUAUGUUGGAAAAGGCGGAGAAGAAAUUGGAUAACAAAGAGAAGACGAUAUGGGAAUUUGUGGGCAAGGAGCAAGUCAUAUUUUUACAAAAGAAAUUGACCGAAUUUAAUGAAGGAAAAGAAAUUCCAAUGGAUAGUAAAAAAUUAGUUCAACCUCCUGGUCAAUUGCCUAAUAAGACUUUUCUUAAUGAUUUCCUUAACGAAAAACCUGAAGUGAAAAUACCGCUUUCUCCUGCUCAUUUUUCUCAAAUAUAUACUAAGGGACAUUUAAUUUACCCUCCUUCAGUUGGAAUGAACGAAGACUCAUUUCAUGCUUUUUGGGACGAUAUUAUUAAAAAUUCGAUAGAAUUAUUUGGAAAAAAUAUAGUUGGUUUGGAAACAAUGAAAUUCGAUCGAAAUACUAACAAAAGAACCUCAACAGGUCGCAAUCGCCCAGACAUGGUUAUCUUAGUGAGAAAUAUUUGUCCUUUUCGUGGGGAAGAAAAGGCGGCAGAUUCUGAUGCAAAUCCUUCGAAGGAAUUAACUAAGAAAUUCAAAGAAUGGAUAUAUGGGGAUGCUCCAUAUCUCCUUGCAUACCAUGCUACUGGUCGAUUUGUCACUUUUGUUACUUUGUAUGAGUCUGAACCUGUAAAUAUUGGGUCAAGUAAGAAGAGAACACGUUCGGAAGUUAAGUCUGAAAUGAUUUGUGAAUUUAAUUUAGAAAGUCGUAUAUUGCCUACUAUAGUAAUUUUGUGCCCCGCAAGAGAUACACCAGAUUUUAUUACAUUAUUACGACCUAAUGGAACUAUUGUUGAACUUGGGUAUAAUGUUAAGAAAAUAUUUAGAGAAGAACGUUCGAUUGACCAAUUACGAGAAAUUUAUACAACAUUAUAUCAAAAUAACGUUAGAUUUACCGACAAGUUGGAAUAUACCACUUCGCAUUCUGCUCAUUUGGAACCACGUGGAUUACAACGAAAACCAGGAAAUCUCAAUGAACUAUUGAAAGCAUUAAUUUGUAUAUUAACUUGUCUUAAGGAUAUGCAUAGCAUUAAAUCAAAACCAAUAUUGCACAGGGAUGUUCGAUGGCCAAAUAUUGUUCAACAUCAUAAUGAAUACAAAAAAUUCAUUUUGAUUGAUUUCGAUUACGCAACUUUAGGUUCCGACAAAAGAGGCAUCGUAAGAAAACCUUUAAAAGAAUUUUCUGAAACUGGACAUGCUCCUGAAAUCGGUAUUCCUGAAAAACUUAGGGAAUUUGCAUCAAAGUUGUGUCAUGAUAAUCCAAAAAAGCGACCAGCUGCUUCAGAUGCACUUGAUGAGGCCAUAGAGAUGUUUAA